AUGUUGUCUACUAUGAACUGUGAGGGUCAAAUAUUAUCAAAGAUAUGUAGUCUUGAUGAAGAAAAUCGUGUGAAAAGUUACUCAUCUAGUAGUGUUCUUUACCUCUUACACGUUGUUUUUUAUAAUUCAAGUGAAUAUCAACACAAUUCUAACAAUCUAGUGGAUAGAGUGAAUAAUAUUGAUUGGAAACAGAAAUAUGUGAAUCAAUUGGAAAGAUUUUAUCGAAAUGCACCAAUUGAAAUACAUUGUAACAGUUCAAAUGGUUUUCGUAUAGAGAAUUCAAAAAUCUAUCAUUUUCCUGAACUAAUACCAUCAGAUGAACUGGAUGAUUCAUAUAAUGCAAAGUGUUCAAAUAACAAUGAUGUUGAUGAUGAUGAUGACGAUGAAAAUGUGAACUGGUCUAAUUUCGAUGUAUGAUUACUGCAUACAUUCUGUACAUAGAAACUUCUUUCAUUAGAGAAUGAA